GGAAUCCUAAUUGGAAAUUUUCCUAUUUGAUCAAGCUUUGAAAAAAAAAAUGGUGAUUGCAGUGUAAUAAUAGCCCUUGUUGGAGCCAUGGAUAAAGAAUCGAAAGGAAUAGCAUGGUUUGGUCAUAUUUACCAGAAAUUAGAAGCUGUAUUUGUGGAGGUGGAUAAUUUUGCUGCUCAGACUUGUAUCAGAGUGCCUGUUGAUGAUCAAGGCUUAGGAUUUGUUAGUGAUGAACCAAAGGAAGACUCGGAGAAUUGUUCUUCUGGUGCUGUUGAUAUGCAGCAAUGCCAUGGUGAUCUUACUUUACCAAGUUGCAGUGACCCUUCAGAUGAAAACUUGGAGAUUUCGAAAUGCACCUUUUCGGAUGAACGAGUUGAUGGAAACGGUUCAAAUGAGAAGCUAUCAGAAGCAGUGUUGAGUGACGAAGAAACACGCCCGAGAGUUCCAUCGAUUGGUAAUAACAAUGAGACGGGGGUAACUUCUCUUUGCCUCGCAAGGCCAGCGUCUUUACAAGACAUAGAUAGAAGAGUCUCUGAUGAUAGUCAGAGCAAUAGUUCUUCUACAGAAGCUCAACUAAUAUGCAGUUCUUCGGGGAGAGUUAGGACAGAAGUACCACGUAAUGAUUCUGAUACCGUAUGCUCAUCUGGGCAUACUUUGAUUGAUUCAAAUCUAGUCCAAGUUGUCACAGAGGCUCCUGCUGUUAUUGUUAUAGAAGAUAUGGUGAAGAAGAGACCCAUAAUUUCGAUUGGUAAUCAGGAUUUCGGUGAUGAUGAGAAUGAUGCUGCUCCAUUGGAAACAAUCGAAUUGUACGACAUGGCAGACCGAGAAGAACUCUCAGCCGUUGACGACGCUGCGCUUUACGCGGUGCAUCAUAGGACGAGAAAACUCAGAUCAUUCAAGAAGAAGAUUGCGGAUGCUUUAGCCCCAAAAAGACAGAGAGAGAAAGAGUAUGAAAGGAUCGCGAUUUGGUUUGGGGAUGCAUCCAUGGGGUCUGAUCUUGACAAUACCAAGAGACCGCCUGCACCAGAAGAAGAUUCGGACUGGCAGCUGUUGUAGAUUUUUUUAUUAUUAUUAUUAUUACACAAUGUAAAGAACCAUCUACCCUCUCAGGCACUCGAUUUUUUUUUCUCAAUGGUCAAAUUUGUUAAAACCC